UAAUAAAUACCCCGAGCUGCUCAUUAACGUCCGCUCUCUUACCCCAGACUAGAAGGACCCCCAGUGGACUUUCAGUACCGUUUCACUCUUUGGCUAACGUCCCCCCAAAAUCGCAAACAUGACCAGAAAAUUCUUCGUUGGUGGAAACUGGAAGAUGAACGGCGACAAGAAAAGCCUCGGGGAGCUCAUCCAGACCAUGAACGGAGGCAAGGUGGACUCAAAUGUCGAGGUGGUGUGCGGCGCUCCAUCGAUCUACUUGGACUUUGUCAGGUCCAAACUGGACUCCAAGUUCGGUGUGGCCGCUCAGAACUGCUACAAAGUUCCCAAGGGUGCCUUCACUGGGGAGAUCAGGUAUUUAAUUCAGGUUAUUUUUCCUAAUUUCACAGACAAUGUAAAGGACUGGAGCAAGGUCGUGCUCGCCUACGAGCCUGUGUGGGCCAUUGGCACUGGGAAAACCGCCUCCCCACAGCAGGCACAGGAAGUUCAUGAGAAACUGAGGGAGUGGCUGAAGACCAACGUCUCUGAGGCCGUUGCCAACUCUGUGAGGAUCAUCUACGGAGGUUCUGUCACCGGUGCUACCUGCAAAGAACUUGCCUCCCAGAAGGAUGUUGAUGGUUUCCUCGUAGGCGGAGCCUCCCUGAAGCCAGAGUUCAUCGACAUCAUCAACGCUAAGGCAUAAAAUGCGGGCAGUUGCAAUGCGACUGGAUUAGAGUCCAACUCCAGACGGUCCAGUUCUUCAUCCCUCGUUCUCAGCACUUAGUCCUUUCCCCUUUUUUCAUUCAAAGCAUUUGUGAUGAUGUCAUUCCCUCAUUUUCCUUUUUUUGGAGGGGGGCGGGGGGUUGUAUUUUGUCACAAAGAAAAGGGACAGGCUGACACACACUGUACUGCACUGAUAACAGUCAAGUCCACUGAGAAUAGUCUGUGCAAACUAGAAGCAACUCAGAGUGCUCAAGCUGUAAAGGCUGACGAUUACACCUUGAGGUGGACGGGCAGUCCACACUUUAAGUAAGAGUUCAUGAACUUUUUUUCUGUGUAAAACUGUGUGACAGCUCAUGUCGAUCAACUCUGUCUUUUUACUGGCGUCUCUUGUGUAAUUAUGAUUGGGGGUUUUUUUGUUUUGUUUUUUUUCUGUGGCUUUUACCUCCCUCUAGUUGUGCGUGAUCCAUUCUCUCAUUUGUUGUCCUGCCAAAAGUAAAGUGUCAAUUAUGUUCAUCACAUUGUGUGUCACAGCUGAUGGGAAUAAGGGCAGGAAAGCUGUAAGGAAACAUAAUAAAUGGUUUAGAGACUC